ACACCUGGGACAGGUAAGGGCUGGGCCUGGUUGUGGGGUGGACUGAUGGGCAGCGCGGAGCCGAUAGAGCGGCGCGGAUGUCGCGAUAUGCGGCCGCGAUAGGCGGGGAAGGGAGAGAAACACGGAACCCGGACCUCCCGCCCGCCAGGGGGCGCCCGAACGCCGAGCCGGCAGCACGGCGAUGAAGCACUUCCGGCGCGGCCUUGAUCCACUUCCGGCGCGGCGACUAAAACUUCCGGCGCGCCGCUGACGUCACAGGCAGCAUGGCGGCGGCGGCGGAGAAGGCGCAGCGCUACGAGGCGUUCGUCAGCGACGUCCUGCAGCGCGACCUGAGGCGCGUGCAGGAGCAGCGCGAGGCCGUGUUCGAGCAGCAGGCGCAGGUGCUGCAGCUCCGCUCCGCCCUCGCGCGCCUCCAGGACGCCGCCGGCCCCCUGCACACCCAGGUGGAUCUUGGCUGCAAUUUCUUCGUCAACGCCGAAGUCCCGGACCCCCAGCGCGUGUUCGUGGCUCUGGGUUUCGGGUUCUUCGCGGAGCUGACGCUGCCCGAGGCCCUUCGGCACCUGGAGCGCCGCAGUUCCCUCCUGCAGAGGCUCAGCGAUUCCCUGACGCGCGACGGGGCCAAGAUCCGCGCUCACAUCCGAUUGGUGCUGGAGGGCCUGCGGGAGCUGCAGGGGCUGCAGGACCCCCCCGACACCUGAGGGCCCCGCACACCUGGAGUAAAGCCGGAGUAAAGCGGAUUUUAUAUCGA